UUCCCUCCGAACCAAGAUGGCGGCUUCCGGAGUGAAGUGUGUGAGAAAUGGAGAAGCUGUUGCUCCCCUGGGAUACACAGCUAUUCCAGUCAAGUUUUCUGAGAAGCACCAGUCACCUCAUUAUCUUUAUGUGAAAGAACACAAAGUCAGAGAGGGCAGAGAUCCUAAGAGGCCUCAAAACCGAACUCUUUUUGUCCUAAAUAUCCCUCCAUAUUUUACAGAGGAAUGUUUAUCAAGGCUGUUCUCCAACUUUUGCCCUGUACAAUCUGUGGAGAUGUAUGAAAAGCCAAAGGCAGGAGAUGGGACAGAAACACCCAGGACCAAAUUCUUCAAUAUCAAGACACCAUUGGGAUUCCAAGUAGCUUAUGUGGUAUUCAAGAGACCUGCUGGAGUACAGGCUGCCAAAUCCUCAUCACUGCAAGGGCCCCUGAUAAUAUUUUCAGACAGCCAUCCUGUGCAAACUGGCAUUCACAAAUGGAUUGCCAGAUACACAGCAUCAAUUAUGGAUCCUGGUGAGCUGAAGACAGAAGUGGAUUCUUUCAUGCAAACCUAUGAUCAAAAGGUUGCAAAGGAAGAAGCCAAAGCUGAAAAAGAAGAAGGUGUUCCUGAUAAGGAAGGGUGGGUGAAAGUGACAAGGAAAGGCCGAAGGCCUGGUCUUCCAUGGACAGAAGCAGCCAAUUUGCGGGCCCUAGAGAGAGAGAAACGCAAGAGAGCACGCAAGGAACUGCUCAAUUUUUAUGCAUGGCAACAUCGUGAAACCAAGAGAGAACACAUAGCCCAGCUAAGGAAGAAAUUUGAAGAGGAUAAGCAGAAAAUUGCUCUCAUGAGGGCACACCGGAAGUUCCGCCCCUACUAACUUGGAGAAGUCAUGGCUGUUCCCAGGAGGGCAGUAGCCAGAGUAAGAAAUUCAUAGAGAGUUUUUCAUUAGGAAACCAGCCCUGCUCUCUUGGAUGGACUCUUGCUUCAGCUGCUAAAGCAAGAGGUAACAACUGCAGUCAUUGUAUUAAGUCUCUUUGAAGCUGAUAAUUCAAUGUCAGAGAAUUUUCCAUUUACAAGCUGCAUCUUGAUUUCAUCCUAGGACUUCCUAUCCCCACAAACUGAGGACCUUUCAAACAGUUUUUAUAAUGAACCAUUCUGUAGUAUAUUUCUUUAGUGUCACUUAAUGAAAGAAUUGAAAGGCAGCUGUUCAAAAAAAACAAACAAACCCCAAACUGUAAUUAUUCUAAGCUAUGAAUGUCAAGGGGUUUAAUUAUUUUUUAUUUUUUUAAAAAAAGAGAAAAUGAACAAGCAAAAAAAGAGAAAGAAAUUAUGCAGAGAUAUUAUACCAGUAAGUGGACAAAGAAGUUGCAAAAGUUGUACAGCUGAUGCUGAGUAUAUUAUUGAUGAGAAAUUAAAAACCAUAAUGCAUUAAGUUAUUUGUAACAAUAAGGAAAAGGAGCUGAAUGCCAAAGUCUCCACUAGUUUGUUAUUUAAAGAUAUCAUUAAAAAAGGACUACCAAAAACAUUAUAGGUAAAUAUUUAGUUUCUGACUUCCCCUUUGUUGUGCUCUGACUGAUAUACAACAUUUAUAAACAUUUUUUUAAAAAAUUCUAUUUUCACUUCUUUAGUAAUUCUUUUUCCCCUUAAAAACCACACAUUAAAUGCUUAAAUUUACCUUGCUACAUAAUAUGUAAUAUAUAUGGAAGCUAGUCUUGCUUAAAUUUGGUCAAACUUCUGUUUUGUUAUGCUGUUAAAAUUUCCAUUUCUGCACAUUUAAGUUCCCAGUAUGUUAUCUUCAGUAACAUAUCAGUUUCCCAGGGUUUAUUGGUGCCUUUUGGGUAGAAUGGGGCAUAUUAUGCAACAGCAGAAUAAAUGAAGAUAGCUAUAUUGGUAUGGUGACCAUAUUUUCUUGGAAACAAAGGACAAACCUGAAAAAGGGGCAAAUCUGAAAGAGGUUCAUAAGGAUAAAAAAAUGUAAAGUAAUUAUUUAUGUUCAUAACUUCUUUACAAAGGAAAAUUCAAGAGCAAAACCAAGAAAAACUUUACAAAACCUUUUGCACUUACAAACCACUUUACGAAAUAAAAACAUCUAAAAUCAAACAGUAUAUGUAAAUUUAUUUUAAAAAGACAGUUCAAUUUCCAUAUUCUUCACAUGAAUGUGAAAAACUCUGCAUUAAAUACCAUUAACCGGUAAAAGUUAAAUGACCAAAUAAAGGACAAAAAUGAGUUUUUCCAAAAGAAAUAAAUCUAAAGGACUGCUUUCUGAAAUAAAGGACCUUUACAAUAAAGAACGUAUGGUCACUGUAUAUAUAGGUAACCUUGGUCUUAGCAUGUUUUAUGAACCAAACUAUCAAAUUAAACUAUUUGAUAUAAUGUAUCUGUUCAGGCACGGUAGCUUCUGCAAACUCAGCAACUGAAUUUGGCAACCCAGGUGAGAGCAAGUUCCACUGCCGUUGAACACCGCAAUUCUAAUCCCAGUGAGAGGCCAUUGGGUUUUUCAGAGUUGAUCGAAGAGCUCUGGCGAUGGAAAAAACUUUCUAUCCUUUAGGCCAAUGCAUUCAAAUCUCAUAGCAUUUGACACCAGCCACAGUUAAAAAGUUGUAUUGGUGAAGGGAUUAAACUUAGAAUUUAGCACCCACCAACCACAUUCACAACACAGGGAAGAACUUACAUUGUUCCCAAGAAAAGGAAAGAAGUCUCUCCUUCUGUGCCAAGUUUUGUAAUGGGAUGUUUGAGGUUUUGAGAUGGAAACCUUCCAUACUGAAUGGCAGUAUCACUCUGCCAAACAUUACAGUGUUUAUCCAUGAAUAAAUAAUUGAAAACAUGAAACGGAAUAGAUACGCUACACUUCCCCCUUUCUUUUGAAGUUAUUCUUGAAUAAUUUCAAGUAGUGAAGGGUUGUGUGCUCAUUUUUUUCCUCUUCCAGCUUCUCUUUGACCAUGUAACCUUGGGGUGUUAUGUAGCACAUUUGGAAAUUUAAAAGCUUAAUGAAUGCCUCUAAACUGUGGCUACCACUAUUGAGGGGGGAUGCAGGUGGCAGCUGGUAAAAGUUUAAGAAUCUACUGAAGAAGGCAGAAGGGACUGGAUCUUGCCCACAUACUGAAACAUGCUAUUAAUAAAAUAUUUCAAGCCCUUUUCAUCAAUAUAUGAUUAUGGCAUUUUUUUCAGAUAAUUCUCAAAUUCAACAAAAGCAAAGUAUAGUUUAAAAAAUACAACAUUAAGGAACAGAGUAACCAGCUGAAAUGUUCCUUUCUGUGCUCUCUUUCUGGGAUAUUACCAGUUUUGAAGCUAAAUUGACAGAUGUAGACAGGGGUUCUGUGUACUGGCUACCCUGCUGCUAGUAAUAGAGUUCUUCACUGAGCUGGCAGGAGUAGCAUCAGAGAUGGUGCUGGGGAGACUUCAAUUCUCAUGCUGAUCCCACUGUGACAGUUAUGGUUCAGAUUCCCCAUUUCGGAAUCUGCCCAAGAUACAGGUCAUCCUUGAGUCUUAUUUUUGUCCUGAAAGGACAAGGUCCAUAUAUGGAGGGACAGGAUCACAACUUUGCUGUUGAUGGACCACUAUCUUGGGAGACUUGGAUUGUUGCAGCAUAUUCCAUGCUCUAGGCCAGAUUAAAUUGUUCCACUCCAGAAGGUUCUAUUGGGAAGUGUUUUCCCAAACCUAUCCAGCAGCUUCACUGAGGCAUGAAUAAUAAUGUAACACUGAAAAGAUAAACUUAGUGCCAGUUGUACAUCCUUGAAGUGUGAGUUCCCUGCAAUUCUCUUACAGUCAAACCAAAGGCAGAACAAAACGCUUCAGGGUUAUUUUAAAGCUCUAGAAAUGAAUUAUUUCCUAUGUAUUCUUCAGUUAUGCAAAGUAGGUUUUGCUAUAAGGAAUAAAGUGAAUAGCUAAAGCAUUUAUCCCAGUCACAAGGCUCAUUUAGGUGGACAGAGUUCCCAGCAACUUCAAUAUGUUAUCGGCACUAAGGACACAAGGGAAAAACAAUUAUAAAUUGGCAAAAGACAACAUGCAAGGACAUGAAAUACUGAAAGUGUGAUGCUAUUAUAUUUGUUACUUACCAUUUAGAAACAAUUUAAAUGCAAAAAUAAGCCAAUCAAAAGCAAUAAUGAAAUAAAUGCAAUUCAUCCCAAAAUUAAAUGCUAAUAUUUUAAAACAACCAGACCUUAUGGGAUAUACAGGUUUGAGAAAGUGGAAAGGAAUGCCAUAUGGAAUUCUUGGGAUGAUCAAGGAAAAUAUUUGAUAUGUAUUUUCCCUGAUGGGUGAAAGCAGACAUUGGAUAAGAAGUUCUGUACAGGAAUUUCUGAGAGGCAAUGGAUCUCCACCCUACCCUACACAGAACAUUUUCUCAGUGCAAGGGGAAUAGGAGAGCAUGUCUUCACCUCUUUCCCUGCACAGAGAAAUGGAUGUCGGUGAAUCUGAUUUUCCUUCGCUAAACUCCACAUGUGAUUUAGUAAACCAGUCUUCACAGAGGCCAUGGUUAGCCAUCACAAGCUGCAUGCAGUCCUUUUAGUACCUUCUCUGCAGCCUUUGAAGUACCCUGAGAUCUUGACAUGAUGUGGUCAUUAUUUUUUGUUUAUUAGCAAAUGUAAUGGGUGGGAAUAGAACAUUUUCUGUACACUGAAGUCUGUACAGUACUUUGGAAACACAACUCACACUGUUUUGUGUUGAUUUUUUUCUUCCUUCUCUACCUCUCCUAUGUAUGUAAUUAAAUGUGCUCUACAGUUUUGAAUUAAACAUACAGUCAGGUCCAG